AUGCAUUUCCUUCAAGUCUGGUUGUUGGCCGUGGCCAGCUCUAUAGUUCCCACCGUAUCGGGGGCAAUUGGGCAAUCAAAGCCAGUAGAGCGCCAGAUCUCCAGCCAAAGCCUUGUAGACGCGCUCUCAAAAUAUCCCGCCCUCUCGAGCUUUCAGCAGCUCUUAAAGGACUCGCCAGGAAUCAUCAACGUUAAUGCCAAGAAUGUUGCUACUGUCCUGGUUCCGGACAAUGAAGCUCUCUCCGCGUUCGUGAAGUUGAACAACGCCACCAGCAUCUCUCAGCUGUCCACCGAGCGACUACGAAGCAUCUUUCAGUACCAUACUUUAGCUGCAGCCCUGAAUACAACGGAUUUCAGCGCCUCGAGGGGUCUCACUGUUCCGACGAAGCUCGUGGACACCCUCUAUAACCUGCGAAGCCCAGGCCCCGCCCUUAUUAAGCAAUUUGGCGAGGAAGCUAACGGUCAAGUGCUAUACAUAUCAAAAGACACUUUGAACUCACCCAAGUUCCGUGUGAGGCAGACAGGUUCUACCGGCGACAAGGCGAGCCUGCGCGCUGGAUUGGGUCAGACGGCAGAGCUUACCGGCGUUGACGGCGUGUGGGAUGGUGGCUAUUUUCAGGUCAUCAACACUGUCCUCGAGCCGCCAAGAAUAUGCUCCACCACGAUCAGGAAGCUUUCGAGCUCUCUGUCUUCCCUCGACGAUGCGUUAAAGAAGGUCAAGUUGUGGCAGGAGCUUGACAAGAAGCCCAACAUCACCUGCCUGGGCCCCAGCACCGAGGCCUUCGCCGCCGCCGGCAAUCCGGAGAGGAACCUCAACAGCGACCAGCUGAAGAACGCUCUGCUGCUCCACACCCUGCCUCAGGUGACAUACAGCAACUACCUGACCGAUGGCCAGGAGUUCGUGUCUUUAAGCAAUAUCACGGUCAAGGUCACGGUUCAGGGUGACCAGAUCUGGUUCAACGAUGCCAAGGUCAUCAAUCCCAACGUCUUGACCAACAACGGCCUCAUUCACAUCUUGGACCGUGUCAUGUCCGCCAACGGGAAGCCUGACCUCUCCGUGUCGCCUUCGUCGUCGCCCACGACGCCGUCAGGCACUGCGAGCCCCAGCUCGACAGGCACACCGCCCAACUCUGCAGGCACAUUCUCUGAAGAUCUUCGUGUGGCUGGUGCCAUUGCGUUUGCUGCCGUCAUGCUGUUGAUUUAA